AUGAAUAGCAACAAGGAAAAUGGCCGCCCCUUCACGUCGCUUCCAAACGGACCACAACCCAAACACAAACUUAACCACAUCGUCCUCACCGACCAGUUCGUAAACCGAGAGAAAUUGAAAAAAGAAAUUUUAGACACCCACAAAAAGCUAACCGCGGAUUCCUUCAUCGAUAAGAGGAAAGAGGAAAUUUAUUUUCUGCUAAAAAGCGCUAUCAUGCCGAACCUGAAGGGGAAAAUUUACUUCGUCGGAUCCUGCGAAAAUCAUAUAUGGAUAAAAAACUCAGACAUCGACUGCUGCAUAGUUGUGGAGAACUGCGAAGACAAGAACAGCUACCUGUACAUUUUGAAGGUCAUCAAAAGUGCCAUCAAUCUGAUCUACCCCUCGCUGACGGUGAAUAUCAUCAAGGCGUCCGUUCCGAUAGCCAAGAUUUACAGGGAGCAGAAUAACAUUUGCGACAUUAGCAUAAACAACACCGUGGCGAUUGUGAAUACGAAGCUGGUGUCUUCUCUCUGCAACACGGAUGAGCGCGUCACGAUUAUAAACCGCGUGAUUAAGUACUGGGCUAAACAGAAAAACAUCAACAACAGAUCGCAAGGCACCUUCAGCUCGUAUGCCCUAUUUCUGCUGACGUAUUACUUUCUGCAAAAUCUGGAGACCCCCCUGCUGCCUCCCUACAAGUCCAUAGAGCGGGAAAACGCCUCCUCCUUCGAAAUAAACAGCGAGUACUUCUUCCUCCAGGAUGACGUGGAGAUGCCCUUUUACACAGACGCGGGCGACAUCAAGAGCAAAUUGGACACUCCCCGGAAGAACGAAGACGACGUGUCGAAGUUGCUGUACGGGAGCUCCUGCCGGAACGGAAUAACCCUUGACGUCUACAACAACCAGAUAAUCGAAAACAAAGAUAUGACGGCCAACAUUUUCUGCCCCAUCACGAAAAGAAUUGUGAACACGUACAGCAUUAACACGUGGAAGAAGAUGUUCCAGAAGAUCCUGGCUGCCCACGAGCGACUCAAGGGGGGAAAGAGCCUGGAUGUCAUUUGCGAAGAGACGAAGAAUACCACACCCAACAGAAAAAUUGACCUUAAAGAUCACCUGCUGAGGCGAAAAAUAUUUCAGGGCCUGCACGAGCCGUAG